CGUGACGUUCACGGACCCGCACAAAUACGUGUUCAGGAGGAACUGAGGUCUGUUAUUUUCCGUAAAAAUGUCCAAAAUACUGUCACUGAAAGCUUUUCUGAGCGAGCGACUGACGGCGGCGGCGGAGGAGAUAUUUGGAGCGGUUGAAAAGACAAUAGCUGAAUACAAAGAGGAGCUUUGUCGUUCAAAGGAUCUGGAAAUCAGCCGUCUCAGGCUGGAGCUGAAGCUUCUCAAGUCAGAGCCCCCGACAGACACAUGUCUUGCAGCCCAGCUGCUGCAGCACACCCAUCACCACCACCCUUCUUCUCCUCCUCUUCAGUCAGAACCUACAGUGGAUGCGUCUGAGCCUGAGGAGGAGGAGGAGGACGGAGGCGGCAGCAUGGAGCAGAUGGGUCAGGAACAUCCAGAGACCUCAGAGGUCAAAAAGGAGGAGCAGCAGAAGAGCCACAGGGACUUCUGGGUGGGUCACGAUGCAGAGCAGCUCGAAGAUCUCGAGUCAGACAUCAAAGACUUCAUCUCUUCCCCUUCCAGUCUGAAAGCCAGCCUGCAGGACCAAGCCUUACAUUUCCACCAUUACCACCACCACCACCACAGCAAUGAGGAGAGCAAAGACAAACCCUACAGCUGCUCGGUCUGUGAAAAGCGCUUCAGUAACUGCUCCCAUCUGGCGGCUCACAUCAGGACACACACGGGAGAGAGGCCGUACAGGUGUGAAAUAUGCAGCAAGACCUUCAUCACGACGAGCGCUCUGAACAGACACCAGACGAUCCACACAGAGGGGAAACACUUUGUGUGUACUUACUGUGGUAAAUCCUUCAAAUGGAUGGAGUCUCUCGGCAGACACGUGAGAAGCGUGCACAAGAGGGAGAAUGUGCUACAGGAUCCAUGAAUGUGUAAAAUGCUAGUCAUGUAGGAUUUAACUUUUAAAAAAUAUAAUGAGUGCAAGCAAAGAAUGUAAAGAGUGAAAUGUUAGUUGUGGAUUAUGUUGGUAAAUGUGCAUGGACCUCAUUAAGCCUUGUGUGCAUAAACAUUAGCAGCAGUAGAUGAUGUGCAGAUAAACCCUUUCAAAAUAAAAUAUG